AUGGUCCGCCUACGAGAAAUCCCCAGGACGGCCUGUUUCGCCUGGUCGCCAGGCCCCACGCAGCCUCUUGUUGCCACUGGAACCAAGGCCGGGGCUGUGGACGCCGACUUUUCAAACGAAACACAAUUGGAGCUCUGGGAGCUCAAGUUGGACGACGCCGAGCAGGGCGUGGAGCUCAAGCCCGUUGCUACCGUGAGCGUCGAGUCGAGGUUCAACGACAUUGCAUGGAGUCAACCCAGUGAACAGUACCCGCGGGGCAUAAUAGCGGGUGCGCUCGACAGCGGGGCACUAGUCCUAUGGGAUGCAGAAAAGCUGCAGGCAGGCGAGGGUGAGGAUGCGGAGAUUGACCAGAUCGACAAGCACACGGGUCCCAUCCAGGCGAUACAGUUCAACCCCUUCCGAUCCAACAUCCUCGCCUCGGCCGGUGCCAAGGGCGAGCUCUACGUCCACGACCUCGCCGACGACUCCAAGUCGUUCCGCCUAGGCAAGGCUGGAGCGAACCCCGACGAGUACACUACACUAGACUGGAACAAGAAGGUUGCGCACAUUCUGGCCACCGGCAGCAGCGGCGGCUUCGUCACCGUCUGGGACGUCAAGCUGAAGAAGGAGAACCUCACAUUGAAUCACUAUGGACGGAAAACAGUCAGCGCCGUGUCGUGGGACCCCAACGUGCCCACGCGACUAGUCACCGCCAUCCCGACGGACCAGAAUCCGCUCGUGCUGGUAUGGGACCUCCGCAACACCAAUGCGCCAGAGAAGACGCUACAGGCACACGACCAGGGUGUACUGUCGCUUUCGUGGUGUGUGCAAGAUAGCGACCUCUUGCUAUCUUGCGGCAAGGACAACAGGACCAUUGCCUGGAACCCGCACACCGGAGAGCAGCUGGGCGAAUUCCCAGUCGUCACAAACUGGACCUUCCAGACUAGAUUCAACCCCGCGAACCCGAACCUCCUCGCUACCGCAUCCUUCGACGGCAAGAUUGCUGUUCAGACGCUACAAAACACUGGCGCUGCGGCGGACCAGAGCAAGGCGGCGACUGAAGCCCCUGCAGGCGAGGACUUCUUCGCCCAGACACACGCAGAGCCCCAGGGCGCAUCCUUCUCUCUGAAGACACCCCCGAAAUGGCUGAAGAGGAGAGCUGGUGUGGCCUUUGGCUUUGGCGGGAAACUGGUGCGGUUCGGCAUCGUUGAUAACAAGUCCAAGAUCUCCAUCGAGACAUUCGCAGUAGAUUCAGACGUCAGCGCCGCAAGUGAGGAGUUCGACAAGGCUCUGGACAAGGGAGAUCUCACAGCAAUCUGCGAGUCGAAGAUUUCGAAGGCUGCUAAUGAGGAAGAGAAGGCCGACUGGACCGUGAUCGAGACCCUCACAUCAGAAAACCCACGAAGCAAGCUUGUUGAAUACCUUGGCUUUUCUGACAAGGAAGAGGAGCUGGAAGAAGAAGGAGAAGAGAAGAAGGAAGAGAAGACAAACGGCGAUGCGGACGAAGGCUCCUCAUUCUUCGAUAAUGCGACUGAUGAGGGCAACUUCCUCUCGGAUCUCGCAGCUUCCAAGGGCGCCAAGACCAACAAUCCCUUCCAGAUUUAUACCGGCUCCGAGUCUGAAGCAGACACUAAGAUCACUCGCAACCUCAUGCUAGGUGACUUCAACGCGGCAUUGGAUGUAUGUCUAAAGGAAAACCGAUUGUCGGAUGCUUUCAUGAUUGCCAUUUGCGGUGGAGAGAAGUGCAUCGCCAAGGCACAGGCUGCAUACUUCAAAAGGCAAUCCGACGCACCAAACUACCUACGACUCCUUGCGUCGGUCGUCGGAAAGAACUUGUGGGACUUUGUAUACAAUGCUGAUUUGAAAGACUGGAAGGAAGUCAUGGCGACAAUCUGCACAUUUGCCGAUCAAGCCGAUUUCCCCGACCUUUGCGAGGCUCUCGGAGAUCGUCUCGAAGAAGCCAUCUCUGAAGAGUCAGGAUCGUACCGAAAAGAUGCGUCUUUCUGCUACUUGGCUGGUUCCAAGCUUGAGAAGGUCGUCGUCAACUGGGCCCAGGAGCUUCAAGAGAGCGAGAAGGCGGGCAUUGAGCAAACUGAUGGUGACAACAGUUUCUCAAUCCACGCGCGAUCACUCCAGGAGUUCAUCGAGAAGGUCACAGUGUUCCGAAAGGUCACCGACUUCAAGGACACCGAACAGCAAAAAGAGGACGACUGGAAGCUCGAGCCUUUGUACGCAAAGUACGUCGAGUAUGCUGACAUUGCUUCUGCCCACGGCCAGCUCGCUAUUGCAGAGAAGUAUCUAGAUCUUCUGCCUCAAAAGUACCCAGCAGCAGAUGUAGCGAGGAACCGGGUCAAGCAAGCCACCAGAAAGGUUGCAGCCCAGCCAGCGACAGCCCACAAGCAGGCCCAGUCUACUAGCACUGGUCGUCGUCAAGUCGUAGUCCCUUCAUAUGGUCAACCUGCACAAGCAACACCAGCACCGCCCCAGCAGACCCCGUACGCUCCAGUCAACCCUAUGCAAACGCAGCCAAGGGCGUCGCCUUAUGCUCCAGUCAACCCUCUCUCAUCACAAGCCCAGGCCACUGCACCAUCAACAUUCACACCAGCAGCAGCGUCCGGCAAUGCGUACACGCCAGCCGGUUACCAGCCAUCUCAACCUCAGGGCUAUGGUGGUUACGGUCAGGCUACUCAACAACCAAUUGCACCUCCGCCACGCAACUUCUCCAACUCUCCAUCUAUUGUGCCAGCAGCCAACAGGGGUAGCAUUCCCGCCUGGAAUGACACACCAGACUUUGGCCCCCCUAAGCCAGCUUCGCGUCGUGGUACUCCCAUGAACACUGUUGCUUCUCCGUUCCCGAACCAGCAGCAGCCCCUCGCAGGUCCGCCUCAAGGCCCGUUCUCGCCAGGAGCACGAUCAACACCUCCACCUCCUCCAAAGGGCCCGCCCCAAGGCCCUCCUCGUAUGACUUCCCCACCAGCUGGACCUCCAACUGGCGCCCCGAACCCCUACGCACCAACUCCGGCAACAAACAACUACGCUGCACCACCCGCAGGCUUUGCACCCCCACAACAGGCGCCACUACAACGUGGAGCGUCGCCAUACCAACCCCCAACUGCUGCCGCUCCGCCAUCGAAUCGCUAUGCUCCUGCUCCAGGUCAGCAACCAUCAGCCCCAUCUGGGCCUAUGGGUGCAAUGCCACCACCGCGUAAUAUUGCGCCUCCUCCAGGCCAAUUUACACCCGCUGGCUCACCUUACGCACCAUCGCCGGCGCAACAAAUGCCACCGGCUGCCGCAGCACCGCCACCACCAAGGGGGCCACCGCAAGGACCUCCGCGGGCAGGCCCUCCUCCCGGAGGUCCUCAAGGCGGACCACCGAGACCAGAUUCUCGACCCGGUACCGGUCAAUCACAAGCAGCUCCGCCGGCAGCAGCCAAGUAUCCUCCUGGUGACCGAUCGCACAUUCCCGACGCAUCUCGUCCUAUCUACGAGAUCCUUGAUGCCGACCUACAACGGGUCAAGGCAAGGGCACCAGCACAGUACAAGCAGCACGUUGCAGAUACCGAGAAGCGCCUCAACAUCCUGUUUGACCACCUUAACAACGAGGAUCUGCUCAAGCCCGAUACUAUCCAGAGCAUGAACGAACUCGCGGCUAACAUCCAGGCCAAGCAGUAUGAUGCUGCGGUCGCAAUCUUUUCGGAUUUGAUGACCAAUAAGACAGAUGAGGGUAGCAACUGGAUGGUUGGUGUCAAGCGCUUGAUUCAGUUUAGCAAGUCGACUGCUUAG